UCAGUGUGACUGAGAAUCAGGCGGAACGACAGAGAGUGAGAGAAACGGAGCGCGCGCGCCGCACUGAUCGGAGACUGAAAACUCCGUUCCGCGCGCAUCGAUCAUCAAUCAAAUGGAUUUCUUUAAAUGAUCCAUUUAAAUUAUAUAGUCAAGAACUAUUGCUGAAAUCUACUUGAAUAUAUGACUAUGUAAUAACAGAUACAAAUUUAACUGGGUAGUCCAGUGACACCUGCAUUCCGAAGCGCAUGUCUUGCUCUCCGAUCGUCGUACCGAAAGGGAUUCGGUCUUAAUGCGGUGUUUACCUGUUAUCAAUUAUAAUGGCAGAGCUGGAAGUUUUGAGAAAUGCCAGUUUUGAGAAGGUUGAGCGAUGCAUGAGUGUGAUGCAGUCGGGGACUCAGAUGGUGAAGCUGAAGACGGGUUCUAAAGGUCUGGUCCGACUCUUCUAUUUGGAUGAACACCGUUCCUGUAUACGCUGGAGACCAUCACGCAAGAGUGAGAAAGCCAAGAUCACCAUCGACUCACUCUACAAGGUCACAGAAGGGCGUCAAUCUGACAUCUUCCAUCGCCAUGCGGAAGGAAGCUUUGAUCCCAGCUGCUGUUUUACUAUUUACCAUGGCAACCACAUGGAGUCUCUGGACUUGGUUACCUCAAACUCGGAGGAAGCGCGGACAUGGGUGACCGGACUCAGAUAUUUGAUGGCUGGUAUUAGUGAUGAAGACUCACUAGCUAAGAGGCAGCGUACACACGACCAGUGGAUGAAGCAGACCUUUGAGGAGGCUGAUAAGAAUGGAGAUGGUCUUUUGAACAUGGAGGAGAUCUACCAGCUUUUACACAAGAUGAAUGUCAACUUGCCUCGAAGGAAAGUUAAACAGAUGUUCCAGGAAGCAGAUACUGAUGACCAGCAGGGCACACUGACGUUUGAGGAGUUCACGGUCUUCUAUAAGAUGAUGUCAUUAAGACGAGACCUUUUUCUAUUGCUCAUGUGCUUCAGCGACAAGAAGGAUCAUCUGACUGCAGAAGAACUCGGGAACUUUCUGCGUGUGGAGCAAAAGAUGUCCAGUGUGACCCCUGAGUGCUGCCUGGACAUAAUCAAUAAGUUUGAAGUCUCUGAGGAGAACAAGCAGAAUGGAGUUCUUGGAAUCGAAGGCUUCACCAACUACAUGCGGAGCCCAGCCUGUGAUGUAUUUAACCCUCAACACCACGAGAUCAAUCAGGACAUGGAUCAGCCUAUUUGUAACUAUUUCAUAGCUUCCUCUCAUAACACUUACCUGACUGGAGACCAGCUGUUGUCUCACUCCAAGACAGACAUGUAUGCAUGGGUCCUGCAGGCUGGCUGUCGCUGUGUGGAGGUGGAUUGUUGGGACGGUCCGGAUGGGGAGCCUAUGGUCCAACACGGUUACACUCUGACUUCGAAGAUCACCUUUAAAUCUGUCAUUGAGACCAUCAACAAAUACGCCUUUGUAAACAACGAGUUCCCUGUGAUCCUGUCCAUAGAGAAUCACUGCAGCAUUCAGCAGCAGAAGAAGAUCGCUCAGCACCUCAAGGAGAUCUUCGGAGACAAGCUUGAUGUGGGGGAGGCCCUGAACAAAGACCCCAAGCAGCUCCCUAGCCCCAAUUUGCUGAAGGGCAAGAUACUCUUGAAGGGGAAGCGCCUUCCUUCGUACCUGUCGGCAGAUGCUGAAGAGGGUGAGGUGUCUGAUGAUGACAGUGCUGAUGAGAUUGAAGAUGAUUUUAAGCUAAAAAAUAGCACGUCUAAUGGGCCUAGUCAGCACCAAGUGGAGUCCCACAUCAGGAAGAAACUAGACUCAUUGAUGAAAGAGUCUCAGAUUGGGGACAAAGAGGACACAGACAGUUUCUCUAUCCGUGCGCUGCUUCGUGCCACUCACGAGGGCCUCCAAAGAAACCUACGCAAGAAUUCCAAAGACGGCAUGAAGAAAUCCCAGAGCCGUUCCUUUAUCAGCAACCUCAAGCACAAGAGGCACUCUAAAUCAAGGCUUAAAUGUCAAAGUGUUGAAACAGAAGAUGACAGCCAGCAAGAGCCAUCAGGUGGACAGUUCAACAGAGGUGGACGGAGAAGGAAAACAAUAAAGCUAAGCAGAGAUCUUUCAGAUCUGGUGGUCUUUACCAAUUCUGUUGCCUCUCAGGAGUGUUUAGAUGAGGGAUCACCCUGUAAUGUUUUGUCAUUUAGUGAGGCACGAGCUCAGAACUUGGUGCACCAUCGAGCAGAGCGCUUCUUGACAUUCAACCAACGACAGCUUUCUCGAAUCUAUCCCUCUGCCUACCGAAUCGACUCCAGCAACUUUAACCCACAAACAUACUGGAAUGUGGGUUGCCAACUUGUGGCUUUAAACUACCAGACAGAGGGUCGUAUGAUGCAGUUAAACAGAGCCAAAUUCAUGGUGAAUGGAGGUAGUGGUUAUGUGCUCAAACCCAGCCUGAUGUCAAAAGGCGCCUUCAACCCUCUAAGUGAUGAACCACUUCCUGCAAAUCCUAAGAAACAGCUCGUGAUAAAAAUCAUUAGUGGACAGCAGCUGCCCAAACCUCCAGAUUCAAUGCUAGGGGACCGUGGUGAGAUCAUCGAUCCAUUUGUUGAGGUGGAGAUUAUUGGUCUGCCUGUGGAUUGCUGUAAAGAGCAAACCAGAGUUGUGGAUGAUAAUGGAUUUAACCCUGUGUGGGAAGAGACUCUGUCCUUCACACUUCACAUGCCUGAGGUGGCUCUGGUUCGCUUUCUGGUCUGGGAUCAUGACCCCAUUGGACGAGACUUUGUGGGCCAGAGAACCAUAGCUUUCAGCAGUCUAAUGCCAGGAUAUAGACACGUUUAUUUGGAGGGAAUGACAGAAGCAUCCAUUUUUGUCCAUAUCACAGUGCAUGACAUCUAUGGGAAGUGGAGUCCUUUAGUCCUCAAUCCAAGCUAUACCAUAAUGCACUUGCUAGGAGCUAAUAAGGGACGCCAGCUUCGGGGUUUUAGAGGGUUAUUUAAUAGAAGUUCCAAGUCCUCUGUAGACACACAUAAUGGAGUUCCACCUCGUAAACGAUCCAUAACUGAUCACCUUCUUCGGAGGACUGCCAGUGCCCCUGCAAAAGGCCGCAAAAAGAACAAGAUGCCAUUGGCUGAAGCUACAUAUGACAGAAAGCAGAGCACUGAAGAUUCUCAGAGCACUUUUGUAGAGAAGAGGAUGGGGAACAGAAAAGCACUACAGCAUCGCCCAGCAUCCAUGCCCCUGGAUAAACUCCUGCACAGUAACCUCAACCUGUCCACUCCUGAGCAGGAGGAGUCUGAUCCUGGAGCAGACACGAUCAUUGAUUCUUUCCUCCGUGAGAAGCCCAGAUCCAUUUCAGUGGAUCUUCUUUUUGAAACUUCUGCCUUCAAAGAACCUGAUUCCCAUGAACUUUCUGCUGAUCACAUUCAAGACUUUGACACUGAGCCCAAAGAUUUAAAAGAAACUCCCUACUUGGUCAUCGAAGGCAGUAAGAACAGUCUGAGUGAUCCUCAAAAAGAACACUCAAGAGAUUUUGGGAAGAGUUUCACUGAAGGCGAUAAAUUAUGUUCUUCCAAAAGGCCAGCAGACCACUGGUCAGGUCCUUCAGAUCAGUGUAAUGGUGGCAGUAUCGUGCAAAGUGAAGGAAGAGAAUGUAGCCAAUUGGAAAGUGAUAAAAAGAACCUUCUAACAACCAAGGCAGCCACGUAUUCCUCAACCUCCUCUUCUUCCUAUUCUUCAGGUAACUUAACCAAAUCCCACUCUCCUAAAAUGGAUCUGCCAGACCAGAACAGUCAAAUGUCCCUCCAGGACAGUGCUCUGUCUCGCCUUAUUGAUGCUGUAUCGCUAGAGAAUGAAUAUGACACUUGUGGGUCCAUAUCUGCUCUGAUUGGCCAAUUUGAACUCACUGCUCAGCAGAACACUCAAAUUAUAUCCGAUUCGCAAUCCAUGAAACAUUCUCAUUCUCAUCUAAGCAAUGGUCUUUCUAGCACUCCACUUAAACUCACAGAAAAAUCUGUGUACACAGCUUCAGAUCCAACAAUGAGAUCUUCUAGUCCUGAAACUACUGAACCUGCUGUCUUUACCAUCUUAGAUGAGGAAGUGCUUUCUCCAGUAUCAACAAACAGCUUUUGUCAGAACCUUCCCAAUGAAUCUUCCAUGGUAAGUCAGGGAUCCUCACCCAUCAAAAAGCCUUUAGAAUGGACGGCUCAAAGAAAUCCAAAGGAAAGCAGUAGCAGUCAAAGUCCUUCCACUGAUUCUUUCAAGAACUUUGAUUUCAGAGGUUACAGAGAAACAUCAAUCAACAGUACAGCCUCUGAUCGAUUCUUAAUGUGCCAAGACUCCGUAAGCAGCAGUUUGAUGGAACUGGAAAUAAAUGUGGAUGGGGAUCCCUUGGACAACACCCUGACCCCUUUGAGACCUCUUCAAGAUUUUAGAAGAGUUCAAAGCUUAAACGAGACUUCCCCCUAUCACUUGUCAAGACUUGAACCAACGCAUCUCCACAAAUCUUCAUACCAUCCCACUCCUGCUCACUUCACAGACGCGUCACUAUUUCACAGACACAACCAGUUUCUACACAAAAGUCCGAUCUCCAGCACACACAUUUCUGGUAAAUCCCAGCCAAGGAAGUUUAACUGUUAUAAUGACAUUGGUAGAUUUCCACCUAGUAACAGAAUAGAUAGUGCAGAUAGAAGGCACCAGGACACAAGAGAUCGAAACAGCUUGAUCAGCAGAGCAGAACGUUUACACAAAUCUCCAGAAUGUCUCACAAAGACAAAAGGCUGCAAUAAUUCCAUAGAAAGGGACAUCUACGGCACAACUGUAUCUGACUAUGACAUGAUUUCAGUUGAAUUGCAGGACUACUGUUCCCAGCCAUCCCCAUAUAAUCAGGCCUUUCCUGUAGCUCCUUCUCAGAUCAGUGGACUCUCCCAAGCUGCUUCUGCCAAGUCUAAGAGCCUGGGAGAUCUAACAUCUGAAGACAUUUCAUGUAACUUUCAAAGCAAGUACAAGUCAAUCAGCCGAAGUUUUGUCACUCCUGCAAUGCAAGACCAAAGACGGGUGAGUGGGUUGUCUGGUCGUCCAAAAUCUGCCGAUCCCUUAACUGAGCAGCUUCGUAAACUUGUGACAUUGGAACAUGAAGACUUUACAUGUGCCCCUUGUUCUCAACCCACCCCGAAACCUCUUUCAGUACUGCCAAUGUGCUCUUCUCAGAGAUUGGCUGAUGAUCCUGAAGACCCUCCACCAUUUCUGUCAAGGCGACUGUCAUCCCGCAGUCAAAGUCGUGUUCGUCAUAUAGCCAGUCGUGCACGUGAAAGACAACAAGAGGCCUUUAAACAACGGCCUGUUGAAGGUACCCUGGACGUAGUACUCCGCAAUAAACCAGUGUCCUCCCAAUACCAUCCACCAAAUAGACACUCUACAGGCUCAUAUAUCGCUGGUUACCUGGACCAGUUGGGUACUGAGUCUCGAGGCUUGCCUGAAGGAGCCUGUACCUCGCUACACUAUGGAUACAGAGAUCAGUACUAUAAUGACGAUUCUGUUCUCCCUCCUGAUUUCUCCAAUCCAUCGGAACCUGAGGUGUUCUUCCUGCUUAGACUUUGACUUUGCAUCUCACCCAUUGUUUAGACUGUGCAUGUAUUUCGUAGUAACAACUGCAACUACAUGUAGCAGGACACUUCCAGAAAUGUGUAGAAUAUCAUAAAACAGUCUCUCAGGCCCCGUUUACACUAAUACAUUUUAAUUUUAAAACGCCUAAGUUUUUCUUUGAUUACGGCUUCCGUCCACACUACCCCGGAGUUUUCGAGCCCCAAAAUCUGAGCAUUUUCAAAAUGCUAUAGAGGGAGGUCAUUUUCAUUUAAAACACUGCUGCUCUGGUGUAGCUGCAGGCCAAGUUCAGUCUUGCAUCCUUUCCUUGUAAGUUUAGACAUCACAAGUUUAAUAUGGAAAACAAACUCCUGUGGACACCCCGGGGAAAUCUUUAAAGGGAACAGUGUACUUUAUAACAACUUUCACAUCACCCUGGCUAUGCUGUAUUAUCUUAACAAUAAAAAGAAAGCAUGGUAUGAAAAACUGCCGAUUUUCAUUUUAAUAUUAACAACUUAACAGACACCAAAAAUAUCUUGGCGUUUUGUAGCUACAUAUUUAUAGGACCAUCAUCUUCAAUUUAUGCAUAUUUAUAACAAUGUUGAGCCUAUAACAUAUAACUGUCUCCUUUAAUAAUUGAAAAAAUAUGAAACACACCCUGUCUCUGUUGCUGAAUAUCAGUUUUAAUAAUCAAUAAUGUUCAUUUAAAGUAUAAUGUACAAUAAGUUUAUAGUUAUAGGAAAAAAAGUCAAGCAGCCAGUCACAUGUGCAGACUUAGGUAACAUGGGUAUAUAAAUGAAUAUAUUAAAGAGCCCCUAUUUUGCCUUAAAAAACGGUCAUAUUUUGGUUUUAAGGAUUUCCAACAUCAUGCUGAUAUGCGUGCAAGGUCAAAAAUACUUUCAUUGUCUUAUAAUAUGCAUUUAUUUUUACCUCAUUAUCCCAGCGACUCCCUUAUGAAUCGUUCUGCGAUUUCUUUGUUCCCAAACCCCUCCUUAGUGCGAUUCUAAUCUGCGAUGAUUGGUCCAAUGACCCAGUCUGUUGAGAUUGGUUCACUGCGUUAAGCAGGAGACAGAGAGAAAAGCCCUCCACGGCUAUGAAAUAGCAGCCAGAUUGUAUGAGAACCCAAUGCAGGAAUGCAAUAAAUAAAUGCAGUUAAAGACCAGCAUAUUCCUCUACUCUUAAACCUAACCCCAAGUAAUAACAACGAUACACAUUUAGUACUAAUUCACAUUAGCAAAAGUUGAACUAUUUAGAAAAUUGACCGCAUCACAUGUGUAGAAAUGGCUGAUGGUGGCCAUUGUAAAACAGCAGUGGAUCGCCAGUUCAGAAAUGCAUUUAAAUCGGUAAAGGAAGAAGCACGUGUCACGUUUUUAACGUGGUUUUGGACACGAUAUGUAAACAGCCCUAUACAGAUAUAACCUGACAGAUACAGUACAAGCACUGAUCUAUAAUAGAUACGUGAUUACAAGUUACAACACACAAUUAAACAUAUUUUGCCAACUAUACAAAAUGAGGCAACAAUUUCAAUUACACUUAUAUGUUAUGAUCUGGAGAAAGAAGAAACUGGUCCAUAUGAACUGUAAAAGUUACUCACAAAGUCCCUGUCAAAGUCUGAUAAAGUCCCAUAGUCUCUGCUGCUCCUUCAAUAGCAAACAGCCGACAAAUCUCGCGUUGCAGCUUAGGUUAUUGUAUCAAAAAUCAGAAAAUUACAAAAACAAACACAGCACUAGGUUGGCUAUACAAUGGUAUUGUUGUGAAAAUGAAGUUUAACCCUUUAUUCACUAAAGCCAGGGCCGGUGCGUCCAUAGAGGUAACCCAGGUGGCCGCCUAGGGUGGCAGAAUAGAGAGGAUGGCGUCUGCGACAUCUCCUCACUUUCGUCUGCGACAAUCCCCUCCACCGCCGCUAUCAUUCGCGCAAUCACACCCCAAUCUCUCGUUUUCACUUUCCGUUCGACGGCAGCAUGAUCAUCUUUUGCCUAGAGCACCAGUUCUUUCUCAUGAUCCCCUGCGCCUCCACUAGUGUGUGGAAGGAAAGCGCGCGCACGUUUUAACAGAACUGGAACUACAUCGACGUCGAUGCAAUCAAACAAAAGAUCCAAACCCAACUCGAUUAGUUUAUUCGACUAUGAGUCAAAUAUUUUGCUAAAGAAUCAAUAGUCUUAAACACGGUGCACUUUUAGAUUUAACCCUCAGCUGGAUGUUUUCAUUCACUUAGAUCUGUAUUACACACUGUAUGGAAGGUCAUUUUCAAAAACCCAUAAAAGGGGCUCUUUAACUUAUCUUUGCGCUCAGCCAAAACACAUUACCCGAGAAUAUAUAAUAUUCCAAAGUGUCAUUAGAUAGAGGCAAAAAUUAAUUAAAUAUUGUUUAACAAUUAUACUUAGAUGAGAUCCAGCGGUAGAUCCUUGAGGAACUGUCUGACGUGCAAAGCUCUCACCUGGGGAGAUGUGCUCAAAGCACCAGCAGACUGCCUGGAUCUCAGACCUCCGCAUUCGCUGCAGUGCAUGCCAGAGUGCGUGUAUGGUCACGAUAUAAUGUGGACAGAUAGCUUUUCAUAAAUGCUAGGUGAAACGCCAGUGUUGACAUAGAUUGUUUUCUUCUAAAAUGCCAUUUUAAAACUAAAACAUAUUAGUGUAAACGGGCCUUACAUGUGCUACCCUGCUCUAUGAACAAAUUACUUUCGAUAUUUGUGGUCCUUGUCAUGCUUGAAUGAAAUAUCUUGUUCAAAAUGUGUACUGUCUCAAAGUAAAACAACAAUAAUAAUAAUAAUAGUAGUAAUAAUAAUGAUAAUAAUAAAACAGUAAAUGACUGAAUUGGAUAUCUCUUUGAGACAGUUUUGAUGUUGUCGACUAUUGGUUCUUUUUUAGACUACAUAAUACAACAAAAUCAUGAAGGGGCUUCAAUUUUUAUUCAGUCUUCCUGUGUAUUAUGUUGUUUAUAUGUCUGUGUAGUAUGUGCAUACUUUGUUGGUACAUUUAUCGACAGUCGAAGCACUAUGGUUUUUUAUGUAUGUUUGAAUUUACUGUGACAUUUUUCUUUAGCAUGUGAAGCGUAAACAUUUUAAGCAUGACUAUGCACAGACCUGUAGAUGCUGUGCUUUGAUUUUGCACAGAAUGAUUCUGUUGUAUUGAAUGCAAUACAUCACAUUUACCUGCUUGCUAACUUGCUUGCUUUCUAAUAGUCAUGAAUUUAAAGAAGACUGAAACUCUUCUUCAUACUCUAAAGUUGUAUGGUUAAAGUUUUAUUUUUAUAAUUGCUUUGAUACAGAGAGCAAAAAUAAUGUUUGUUAGAAUUGUUUAUUUUAUUUUUGUUUUGUUUUUGUUUGUUUUUUGUAGAAAUUCUCCCCCAAUUGCCCUGUGCUAUAAGGCAUUAAGUCUCUUCUUUUUACUGCUUCUCAUCCAAGAUGAGUGUAAGCAUUUUCCUACCAUUGCAAUAAAAAAUGAAAUGUUUGCUAUGAGGUAAAACAUA